AUGGAUUCUCAUGCAGCCAUCGAGCUGCUGGAGUACUUGCGCACUGGUUACCCAAUUCUUCUUCUACUCCUCUUUGUUGUGACCUUCAUAGCCAAUACUGUCGUCACUGCGAAGAAAGCUCGCAAAAGUGAUGCUCAGCGCUUCGGUCCUGGCGGCAGAUUACUACCUCAACGAUCUAGAGAUGUCCCUUCCAAGCCACAAGAGUUCUCCCGGAACGUUAAACGACUUUUCAUCUGGCUCUCCGUGGCCAUUGCUUUCACUUUCAUUGCCGAUGCAACUAUCUAUAUCCUACAUGUUAUGACCGCCAGGUCAGAGAAUUGGUGGCGAGGCCAGUCUUCAGUGGUCUACAUCGUCGGCUCCUUCUUCGUUUAUGCAGUGCUGCUCAUGGCAUUGCUAGACACAUCUCCCUCUCCUACUAUCGCUCAAUUCGUCUGUUGGUCGGUCGCCAUCCCGAUCGAAGUGGUUAUUGUUAGCACGUCUUUCUCGCUCUAUACCUCGGCUCACCAUGAGCCAAUGGUUGGAAACCCGGAGGGCGGCCGGAUUCGCAAGAAUAUCACAAUUUGGGAAUCCCUGGAAAUGGUUUCCAAUUGUCUGCGUAUUCUGAUUCUGUUCGCUUUGGUGAUUCUCUAUAUUUGCCAAAUCAUGAGCAUGAAGAGUCACGAAAAGGCCAACCAACGGGCGAAUGAAGCCACAGAAGCCACAGGACUCCUGGAUUCUGCUAGAGCCGAAACUGGCAAUGGCCACGGCCAUGCAAACGGCAACGGAAACGGCAACGGCACGAACGGUCAGACUUACGGCUCAACAAAUGGUGCCCCCAAAACCCAGACCUCCAAGCCCGAUCCGUGGGUGCGUCCUACUACGAUGCCUUCCACCAGCUGGUGGGAAUAUCUGGCUGGGUACUCACUCUUCUUCCCAUACCUGUGGCCAUCCAAGUCCCGCCGCCUGCAAAUUGUUGUCACUUUCUGUUUUGUGCUCCUCAUGCUCCAGCGAGUCGUCAACCUUUUGGUACCACACCAAGUGGAAGUCAUCACAAAAUCUCUUACACAAAAUGAAGGCAAGGAAUUCCAAGUGCCAUGGCUUCAGAUUUGCCUCUACAUAAUUUACCGCUGGUUGCAGGGUAAUCAGGGCUUGCUCAGCUCUCUGCGCUCUAGCCUCUGGAUUCCCGUGAGUCAGUAUUCUUACAUGGAACUUUCUACUGCCGCAUUUGAGCAUGUGCACGGUCUCAGCUUGGAUUUCCAUCUCGGCAAAAAGACAGGUGAAGUCCUGUCUGCGUUGAGUAAGGGCAGCUCGAUCAACACGUUCCUCGAACAGGUCACAUUCCAGGUGGUUCCAAUGCUCGUCGAUCUUGUCAUUGCGUUUGUAUACUUUUUGAUUGCAUUCGAUGCGUACUAUGCUUUGGCUGUCGGCAUCUCCACAUUCGGCUAUCUCUAUGUCACUAUCCGUAUGGCCCAAUGGAGAGCAGAAAUUAGAAGACAAAUGGUUAAUGCCUCAAGACAGGAGGAUGCUGUCAAGAACGACUCGAUGGUUUCAUAUGAAACAGUCAAGUAUUUCAAUGCGGAGCAAUAUGAAUUUAACAGGUACCGUGGCGCCGUGGGUGAUUACCAGAAGGCUGAAUACCACGUCCUUUUCUCUCUGACACUUCUUAACACCUGUCAAAACACUGUGUUCAUGAUGGGUCUUUUGGUCAUGUGCUUCAUCUGCGCAUACCAGGUGUCUAUCGGUCAACGCUCCGUGGGCAAGUUUGUAAGUCUUUUGACCUACAUGGUACAACUUCAGGGUCCACUGAACUUCUUUGGCACCUUCUAUCGAUCCAUCCAGUCGGCAUUGAUCAAUGCCGAGCGCCUCUUGGAGUUGUUCCGUGAGCAGCCAACUGUGGUAGAUAGCAGCCACGCUACUACAUUGGCGACGUGCAAGGGUGAUAUCAAGUUCGAGGAUGUUGAGUUUGCCUACGAUGCACGAAAGCCCGCGUUGAAUGGUCUUACAUUCCACUGCCAGCCAGGAACGACUACUGCCUUGGUUGGUGAAUCUGGCGGAGGAAAGUCUACUGUGUUCCGCCUCUUGUUCCGCUUCUACAACUCCCAGGGCGGCCGUAUUCGUAUUGAUGGGCAUGACGUUCAGGACAUUACGAUUGAUUCACUUCGCAAGCAUAUCGGUGUGGUCCCCCAGGAUACUGUACUUUUCAACGAGACUUUGAUGUACAACCUGAAGUACGCCAACCAGGGGGUUUCUGACGAAGAGGUUUAUGAGGCCUGUCGCGCGGCCAGCAUUCAUGAUAAGAUCCUGGCGUUCCCCGAUGGCUACAAUACCAAGGUUGGAGAGCGUGGUCUGCGACUCAGUGGAGGUGAGAAGCAACGUGUGGCUAUUGCCCGCACAAUCCUCAAGAACCCUCGUGUCAUUCUUUUAGACGAGGCCACCGCCGCCUUGGACACGGACACAGAGGAGCAUAUCCAGGGAGCCCUCUCCACCCUCUCACGUGGCCGCACUAUGCUGGUAAUUGCUCACCGUCUCAGCACCAUCACCACUGCAGACCGCAUUUUGGUUCUGGCAGAAGGUCAAGUGGCCGAAAGCGGCACCCAUGAAGAGCUUCUAGCCAUGAAGGGUCGCUACGCCAGUAUGUGGCGGAAGCAAAUCCGCGCCCAAAAGGCCGCAGCAGAAGCACAGGUCCUUCAGGACCGAGCUGAGCGAAUCCGCACUGCAACCACCAGUGAUGACAGCUCGAGCCAAUCAGAUGAAGAUCGCAAAGUCACUCGUCGAUCAAACUAA